GCACAACGUGGACGGACGCCUCCUCCAUCGAGCCCCGAUCGCUCUGACUGGUGCUUAGUCGUGUCCGGGCGUCUCGUGACGUCGUUUUUCAACGCUUUGGGACAGCGAAGCGAUGGUCGACAGCGAAGCUGACAUUGGUGAGACAUCGCCACCCGGAAAUAAAAAGCAACAGAGUCUUGGAAUGUCUUGGACAUGUCAGACUGUAUGGCGCUUCCCGCUAGCCCGCUAGCUAGCCUUGGAGAGAGGCCCGGAAUCACUGCAAAGAUCGAUGGACCGCUUGCCCAUUCAAAGGUCUGGGUAGGCUAGUAGGCAAAGGGCAGGGGGUGUUGAGUGUCGAAGAGACCCUGUUUGACGCAGUUUUUUUCACGCCAAGCCUAGGGGGCGCUCCCUUGGCAUAGCGGCGACGACCCAACGUUGGAGACUGGUCCCGGCCGGUCGCCAUGGCCUGGGAUUCCUGGGCAGGUUGGCUCUUCUACAAUGCAGUCCCGGCGAUCGGUGCCAAUUGGCAACCGAUUCUGAUCAUCGUGUUGGCUUUGGUGCUCUUCAUCGUUUUCAAAGAUCGGAUCUUGUUGGCCGUCGCAGGGGAUAACAAGUUCCAUGGAGAUGUGCUCAGUGGCAUGAAGACCAUCCUUGGACUACUCUGCUGCAGCUGUGGCUGGAAGACUUGGUGUUCUCCAUGCUUGGGCUGCUGUCAAUGCUUUGAUUUGCUUCUUAGUCGGUUCUGUGGUUGCAAUGGGACAGCGGACUGCUCUCUAGAUUCAGUUCUUUCCUUUCAGAAUGCUCUUCAACGUUGUUUGGGUUUGAAUCCACGCGUCGUGCUGAUCUCCAAAGUCGUGGCCGGAGACCUACCCUUGGAGGAGGACGGUGAUUUUUUCUUCAGCAUCGACUGUGGGGUGAGUCCUGAACAACGCUCAUCUGUGGAGGAGUCGGAUGGCCAUGCCAUUCAAUUUGCAGACAGUAUGUUGUGCAAGGUGCGUCACAGCUUCUUUGAGCACCCGGUGCAUAUCGCGAUAUGGCGCUUACACUUCUUGUCCCCCACGAAGCUUUGCGAGGUCUAUUUGCGGCCGAAGGUCCUGUUCGAGCUCGCGCACCGCAACGAGGACAGCCGAAAGACCUGGAGAAUUGCCAUGCACUCGGUGGACGCGGCCGCAGGGCAGCGAACACAUCCGUGGAUUUGCUUUGAGGUCCAGGAACUUGACAGCGGUUUGAAAGAUCAAUAUCAAUCACUCACGAUUACGGAAGAUGCUCCUGUGGAUACAGAAAGUGGAUGUGGAGGGGUAUCUCCCUUGUGGUGUGGCAGCCCUAGAGUUGCCAGCCUGAAUUUAGUGGCUCGCCAGUCAAACUAUGCCAGCUUCAAAUUGCAACGCUCUGAGCUCUACGAUCAAGAUUUGAAAGCUAUGAGAGAACCCGUAAACACAGGUGAGCACUAUCGCUGUCUCAACCAUCGAUGGAGUAAGCGAGUCUGCCAUGGAGCCUUCCUGGUACUGUUGCUGAUAAGCUUGCCUAGGUUGUACAUCAUGUCUUGCUAUCACCAAUAUGAAUGGUUGGCUGUGGCUGAACGACAAGGCGACGCGGUCACCAAGACUCGUGAAAAGGUCUGGACGAACCCCGAGCUCUGGACCCUCUGGCAGGAAUGCGUCCAAGACACCAUUGGCCUCGAGGAUGACACGAUCAACAAGACGAGCGGAUUUCUUCACUAUUGCCGACCAAAGGAGGAAGAAGUGGAGGAGACAUGCCAGUUGCUCGCCCAAAACACCUCACUGCAACCAGCUCCUCGGGCCUUCAAGGAAGUGCUGGAUCUCUUUCAAGACAGCGGUGGUCUUGGCCAAGCCAUUGUUCGACAGCUGCGGAAUUUGGAUCAAACCCUUCACAAUGUGGACUCCAGCAGGACACCCCAGUAUCUCCUCACAGGUGGACUUCCCUGCCCCUGUAAUGUCGUGAUGGUGAGAAAUUUGAAGGUCUUCGGCCAGUUACGACUCCAUGCAUGUCUCGACCUCCUAAUUCUGCUUUUGAUCAUAUUUAUUCUGGUGAUGCGGUGCUGGUUCAUGCCACAGCGUGUUCUACAAUCAGCCUGAGCUUAUCAAAUAAGGGUCUGAAGCCCUUUUUUUGCACCAAGUAGUAGUCCUGUUUCACUCCGUUUCAAAAGGUGCCGUCCACGACGAAGAGUCGGUAUGAACAUCGGCGAAGAACGGGGAAUGAAAAUGGACCCGAAGGGGUGGCGCUGCGCUGCG